AUGUUUGUCGCAGUUACAGGAGCUUCAGGAUAUAUUGCCGGACAUAUUGUUAAACAAUUAUUGGAAAAUGGACAUAGAGUGAGAGGUGUUGUCAGAGAUUUAUCAAACAAGAGCAAGUAUGAUUAUUUGGAAAAGUUUGCAAACUUGGAAAAUCAAUUGGAAUUUGUGCAAGUCAAUGAUCAAAAUUAUGAGAAUGCAUUUGUUGGAGUGGAUGCUGUGAUUCAUACUGCUACUCCUUAUAUUUACACUGCUAAGGAUCCACAGAAGGAGAUUGUAGAACCAGCUGUCAAUUUGACAAGAGGUGUGAUUGAGGCUGCUCUUAAGAAUCAAGUGAAGAGAGUUGUGAUUACUUCUUCUGGAGGUGCAAUUUUCAGUUUCCCAGUUCCACAAGGAAAGAUCUUUACUAGCAAUGAUUGGAAUCUUCAAAGUAAUCUCACUAAUAAUCCAUAUUUCUAUUCCAAGAGAUUGGCUGAAGAGGAAGCUUGGAGAUUAUAUAAGGAAAAUUCUGACAAGAUUGAAAUUGUUGUUGUGAAUCCAGUUUAUGUUUUGGGACCAACUUUGAAUCCAUUUAUCAAUACCAGUGUUGAAAAUUUGAAAAAGUACUUGUUGGGUGAACAUGAAACAGUUCAAGUUGGAGGAAUUGCAAUUGUUGAUGUGAGAAAUGUAGCAACAGCUCAUGUAUUGGCAGUGGAAAAGAAGGAAGCUGCUGGAAAGAGAUUAAUCUGUAGUGGACAAGUUUGUAAUUGGUCCGAUAUUCCAAAAACUCUCAAACAACAAUUCCCUCAAUAUGCUGUAAGCAAGUACACUGAAUUCCCAGAAGCUACUACAUAUGGAAUGGAUACUCAACCACUCAAAGAUUUGGGACUUGUUGAAUAUUAUUCAUUUGAGCAAACUAUUAGGGAUACUGUUGAAUCUCUAUUGGAACAUAAUUUGAUCGAAAAGUUGUAA